AUGGCCCCCAAGAAGCCAGAACCCAAGAAGGAUGAUGCCAAGGCCGCUGCCCCCAAAGCAGCUCCAGCCCCUGCAGCUGCACCUGCCGCUGCACCUGCCACUGCACCUGAGUCCGAGCGCCCCAAGGAAGCAGAGUUUGAUGCUUCCAAGGUUAAGAUCGAGUUCACGCCCGAACAGAUCGAAGAGUUCAAGGAAGCCUUCCAACUGUUUGACCGCACCCCCAAGGGCGAGAUGAAGAUCACGUAUGGGCAGUGUGGGGAUGUCCUGCGGGCUCUGGGUCAAAAUCCUACCCAGGCAGAAGUGCUCCGUGUCUUGGGGAAGCCAAAACAGGAAGAGCUCAAUUCCAAGAUGAUGGACUUUGAAACGUUCCUGCCCAUGCUCCAGCACGUCUCCAAGAACAAGGACACCGGCACAUAUGAGGACUUCGUGGAGGGGCUGCGGGUCUUUGACAAGGAGGGCAACGGCACGGUCAUGGGUGCAGAGCUCCGCCAUGUGCUGGCCACGUUGGGUGAGAGGCUGACUGAGGAUGAAGUGGAGAAACUGAUGGCUGGCCAAGAAGACUCCAAUGGCUGCAUCAACUAUGAAGCGUUCGUGAAGCAUAUCAUGGCUAGCUGAGCCUCCCACAGGAAGCCCAGGGCAGGCCACACUGGGGACAUCGCAUCUCCCAACCGUGAUGCUGACACCAGGUCCGGAGCUUCGGGAAGGAAAGGAGUGGGCCAGGUUCCUGCAUGUGGCCCCAGACCAUGUGUGUGUGAUUCUUUUCUGGUCCCUGUUGGGAUGUGACUGCCUUUCUGUCUCCACCCUAUGGCCUUUUGAAUAAAUGAUGU